CUGAAAGUUGGAGCAGGAAGUGAGCCCCGGCGGCGCCCGCGGGAGACCGACUGCGCGAAGUCUGCGGCUGGCAGGCCUGAGCUGCUGAAACAUGGAGGAGGCCAGUGGAGGUGAAGGAAAUGAUCGAGUGCGGAACCUGCAGAGUGAGGUGGAGGGAGUCAAGAAUAUUAUGACCCAGAAUGUGGAGCGGAUCCUGGCCCGAGGAGAAAACUUGGACCAUCUUCGCAACAAGACAGAGGAUCUGGAAGCCACAUCCGAGCACUUCAAGACGACAUCUCAGAAGGUGGCUCGGAAGUUCUGGUGGAAGAACGUGAAGAUGAUUGUCCUCAUCUGUGUGAUUGUUUUCAUCAUCAUCCUCCUGAUCGUGCUCUUUGCCUCUGGUGUCAUCCCCUCUUAGGGAGCCCCUCUCCCCCCGUCCUCUUCGAGACAUCCCUCCAUGGUGGGCGUCCAGAGGCGCCCUCUCUCCCAUCCUUCGCCACAGGGAAUGCUGCUCCGCCCUCUGGCCCCUCACUCUGAGGCCCCUCUGCCACACUGUCGGCCCGGGAAGUACCUUGGUUCCCUAGAAGGAGAGAGCGGAACUGUGGCUGCAUUUCACAGGUCCUCAGAGUUGGUUGGAGAGUCCUGGAGAGCCCAGCAUGUGGCUGGGACACUGAUGGUGGCUGGUAGGCAAUAAAGACCCCUUCGGUAUCCCUA